UGAUUAGCCAUCACAUGGUCUGGUUGUCUUUCUUCUGGUCCCAUCCUCCACACUCUCUCUCUCUCUCUCUAUAUAUCCCUCCAAACUUCAUUUUAUAAUGAUUCCAUUGUACUUAAUUGCCUAAAAAGCCCUCAGCUUAUCCAUAAAUGCUCCAUUUCCCAACCCUCUCUUCACUCUCUUAAAAAACCUUCUCACCACCUCAUUUCCAAGCUUAACCGAGAGGAAAACAGAGAGAGAGAGAGACGUUCAGAGUAGAAGAGAUAAAGAAAGAGAGUGAAGAAGAUGUCGAAGGAAGUGAGCGAAGAGGGACACACCCACGGCAAAGACUACGUGGAUCCACCACCAGCACCACUCUUCGACCUCGCCGAGAUCAAACUCUGGUCCUUCUACAGAGCUCUCAUCGCCGAGUUCGUCGCCACCCUCCUUUUCCUCUACGUCUCAGUCGCCACCGUCAUAGGCCACAAGAAACAGACCGGAGAUUGCGACGGCGUUGGCCUCUUGGGCAUCGCUUGGGCCUUCGGCGGCAUGAUCUUCAUCCUCGUUUACUGCACCGCCGGCGUCUCCGGUGGUCAUAUUAACCCGGCAGUGACGUUUGGGCUAUUUUUGGCGAGGAAGGUGUCUCUGAUCAGAGCGGUGGCGUACAUGGUAGCACAGUGUUUGGGUGCUAUAUGUGGAGUUGGGUUGGUUAAGGCUUUCAUGAAGCACCCUUACAACUCACAGGGUGGUGGUGCUAACUCUGUAGCUUCAGGGUACAGCAAUGGCACAGCUCUUGGUGCUGAGAUUAUUGGUACUUUCGUUCUGGUCUACACUGUUUUCUCAGCUACCGAUCCCAAGAGGAGCGCACGUGACUCUCACGUCCCUGUUUUGGCUCCUCUUCCAAUUGGGUUUGCCGUGUUCAUGGUUCACUUGGCCACCAUCCCCAUCACCGGUACUGGUAUCAACCCAGCUAGGAGCUUUGGUGCUGCAGUGAUCUACAACAAUGACAAAAUCUGGGAUGAUCAUUGGAUCUUCUGGGUGGGACCAUUCGUGGGAGCAUUGGCAGCAGCUGCAUAUCACCAGUACAUUUUGAGAGCUGCAGCUAUUAAAGCUUUGGGUUCAUUCCGCAGCAACCCCACCAACUAAGCUCAACAGCAACAGAACCUAUAAAGAAAUUGCAUUGUCUCUUCUGUUCUCUAAUCUAUUUGUUUGCUUUUGUGUGUAUGGAGAGGAAUGUUAAUGAACCCUUCUCUCUAUUUUUCGUUUUUGUUUUAUUUUUCAUAUAAUUUAAUCUUUUGUUCCUAGGGUUGGCUGUGUAUUUAUUUGGUAUGAGUAAAAUGAUGGUGGCGUUGUUUCUUUCAAUUUGUCUGCAAUAAUGGACUCUCUCUCUCUCUUCCUAGACCAUGGUCACGUUU